AUGGACUCGCAAGGAUUCAGAGAGGCAGCCACUGCCACCAUCGAUGAGAUCAUCCACUACUUUGACAACCUCGGCUCGCGCGAUGUGGUCUCGAGAGUCGAGCCGGGCUACCUGCGCAAGCUGCUUCCCAGCGAGGCGCCGCAGGAAGGCGAGCCGUGGGCCGACAUCCACAAGGACAUCGAAGCCAAGAUCAUGCCAGGCAUCACCCAUUGGUCCCACCCCGGCUUCCACGCCUUCUUCCCCUGCGCCACCUCGUACCCGUCCAUCCUAGGCGAGCUGUACAGCUCGGCCCUGUCGGGCGCCUGCUUCAACUGGAUCUGCUCGCCGGCGGUAACCGAGCUGGAGACCGUCGUGCUGGACUGGCUAGCCAAGAUGCUAGGCUUGCCGCCGUGCUUCCUCUCGACCGGCCCGACCCGCGGCGGCGGCGUGAUCCAGGGCUCCGCCAGCGAAGCCAUCCUCACCGCGAUGGUCGCCGCACGGGACAAGUACCUCCGCGAGACCCUACCCCGCUCUACUUCCGGCAACCGGUCAGAAGAAGAAGACGACGAAAAUGCCCGCGAGGAAGCCAUCGCCCUCAAGCGGUCGCGGAUGGUGGCGCUCGCGACAACACUGACCCACUCGUCGGCAAAGAAGGCGGCGCUGAUCCUGGGCGUGCGGUUCCGCGCGAUCCGCGUGCGCGCCGAGGACGGGUACGCGCUGACCCGGGACGCGCUGGCGGCGGAGCUCGCCCGGUGCCGGGCGCAGGGGUUGGAGCCCUUCUUCCUGGCGGCGACGCUGGGCACGACCGACGUGUGCUCGGUCGACGACUUCGCAGGCAUCAGCGCGGCGCUGGAGACGUGCGGUGCGGUCCCCAAGCCGGGACAGCCGGGCGAGGUGUGGGUGCAUGUCGAUGCGGCGUAUGCCGGCGCGGCGCUGGUGUGUCCGGAGGUGCAGCGCCAGACGAACAUCGAGUUGAUCAGUCGCUUCCACAGCUUUGAUAUGAACAUGCACAAGUGGCUGCUGGUCAACUUCGACGCCUCGUGUUUCUUCGUGAGGAAUCGGGAGUGGCUGGUGCAGGCGCUCAGUGUGAACCAGGCUGUGUAUGGGAACAAGGCGUCGGACGGGGGCCUGGUGACGGAUUACCGUGAGUGGCAGAUCCCGUUAGGCCGGCGGUUCCGGAGCUUGAAGAUCUGGUUCGUAUUGAGAUCGUACGGCGUCAAGGGCCUGCAGGCGUACAUCAGGAGGACGAUCAAGCUGGGCGAGGAGUUUGCGGACUCUUUGCGGAGCAAGCCGGAUCUGUUUGAGAUUGUCACCGGGCCCAGCUUCGCGCUUACUGUGUUCCGCUUGGCGGCAAAGUCGGAGGGGGCGUCGCUGCAAGAGAGGAAUGCGCUGACCAGGGAACUGUACGACAAGGCGAACGCCACGGGCAAGAUCUGGCUGACGAGCACCGAGCUUGAUGGGAGGUUCGCGAUCCGGCUGAUGACGGGUGUGAGGACGACCCAGAAGGAACAUGUCGAGACGGCGUUCAAAACCCUGGUCGAAGUCGCCCAGGAGGUGAUGAGGGGUUGAUACUCUGCCGUGGCACGGCGUGUAGAGAGCAUAGAGCAUAGGCUUGUAUAUAUAUACCCAAAUCACAUAUCAUUCAUGGCCCACCAACACGAGAAGCUCAGGACGAUGGGUGCAACCAACAGGAUAAGGAGGUAUAAU